GCUUCUUCCGGGUGUCGCGGUGAAUUCUCUCGUUGCCAGGUCGGAAUUAAAGUGUUCCCUCUUUUGACAUAAUUUUCUUGUCACCUCUGGGGCGAACUCGAGUUGUUUCUUUUCUCUUUUUUUAAGUCGCCUCUAGAAAGGAUGUAUCAGAGUGGUGUUCAAGGUUUCCAGGAAGUGAAGGACGAGUACAGUCCAUGGGACGAAGCCGCAAAAAUAAUCCAGCGGGCCUGGAGAAGCUAUGUGUGCAAAGAGGUCUUCAGACAUGUCCGGAGGAUGAUCGGUCAAUGCUAUCAGCAGGAUCCCAGGUCACUUCUCCGAACCGUCAAUCCUCGAGAGGCAGAGCUGCUCGAUCCUGCGGCAGGCGUAUUCAUCCGAUUUCGACUAGGAGGGGUCAGUUUUCCUCCCCAGAUCUACUAUAAGAUCUUCACCUACCGGCCCAUUGUGGAUAUAUGCGCAAGCAGCCCUAAGGACUACCAUCAACUCCUGCGCAUGAAGUAUUUAACUGAGGAGAGAGAUCCGACUCUGCAAUCGACGGACAGAACGGGCUGGUACCAACGUGUGGAGAACAACUACUGGAGGCUCUACAGUUGCAAAUCCAUUAUCGAGGACGAACCCAUAGAUGGUUUGGUCGCCAAAAAAAUAGACUUUCAUCCGUCGAAGAUGCAGCGAAUACAGGAUGUGAGGAAAUGGAAGAAAAGGAAGAAGAUUGAGUGGCUGAAGCGGAUGUACAAGGAGGGCCGAGAGGAGGCUCUGGAGGAGCAGUCCGAUCAGUCUGACUUGCUCACAAUGGAGAGGAAAACAAUGAAGGAUGUGAUGAGCUCCAUUGAAGGCAAAGGAGAAGAUGAAAUACUGGAUUGGGAGCUGGACGAACUGUUGGCCUGGACAAACAGCUUCAACUUUGAGGAGUACAUGGAAGAGUGGAUAAACCAGGCCUGCAGUCACAUGUCUGAGCCCAACAAAGCAGAUCGUCCAACAUCAUCGCCGAUGAUGACUCGCGUUCGGAGCUCCAGUAACGGGCUGCAGAGUGGCGCAGUUGGUAGCACUGUUGCCUUGCAGCAAGAGGGUCCUGGGUUGGAUUCCUGGCCUAUUGAAGACAAAGGAGAAGAAUAAUUAUUUUCUGCAUGGAGUUUACUGCAUGGAGUUUGCAUGUUCUCCCUGUGCAUGCAUGGGUUCUCCGGCUUCCGGAGCACCCUUGCUGUCUUUUGGCCGGUUUCUUGCUUGCUGCUAUUCUUUCAACAGCUUGAGGCAAAUGCACUCAGACAGUCUGUUUGAGUCAGGCCUCUGG